CUGUAGACACCGGUCAUCGUGGGUCUAAGGCUAGAGAACAGGAACCAUCUCUGUCUUCCCUCAUUCUGAGGGCUUCUGUUCCCCAGAACCCCUCAUCUACCUCCCCUUAGCACCUCUUUAGAGCCUUUCUCUCAGCAUCUAGAGGGCUUCAGACCGAAAAUGAAGAAGCACUCAAAGUUCUUUUCCUCCGACCCUUUGGCCUUCACCAUCCAAAGCCACUCAGGGCCCAAGCCCUGCAAUCCAACAGAUUUCCCUCUCGGGUAAAUUUAGAUUCUGUGACUGGGGACUUUCUAGCCUUUUCCUUCCUCAUACUAUUGGUGACUCACACAUUCUAGCAGCUUCCUGCCUGCCUCCCCACGCUAAGCACAUCCCUAGUACUGCCCAGGAGUGGAUUUUAGAGAAAAACUUGAGGGAUCAAGACAGCCUGUGAAGGGAAACAGCCCUGGAGCCAUUGAGCUGAGACAGCAGAGUCCUGCAGCAUUGCCCAUGGCCUGCCUGAGUCCCUCACAACUCAAGAAGUUCCAGGAGGACGGGUUUCUGCUGUUGGAAGGAUUCUUCACAGCAGACGAGUGUGUGGUCAUGCAGCAGAGGAUCGGUGAGAUUGUGGCUGAGAUGGACGUCCCUCUGCACUGCCGGACAGAGUUUUCCACCCAGGAAGAUGAGCAGCUUCAAACUCAGGGCAACACGGACUACUUCUUGAGCAGUGGUGACAAGAUCAGAUUCUUCUUUGAAAAAGGCGUUUUUGAUGAGAAAGGAAAUUUCUUGGUUCCUCCAGAGAAAUCUAUCAACAAAAUUGGCCAUGCUCUGCAUGCCCAUGACCCUGUCUUCAGGAGCAUCACACACUCUCCCAAGGUGCAGGCUUUGGUCAGAAGUCUGGGCCUCCAGAUACCAGUGGUGGUACAGAGCAUGUAUAUCUUUAAGCAACCUCACUUUGGCGGCGAAGUCUCCCCUCACCAGGACGCUACCUUCCUGUACACGGAGCCUCUAGGCCGCGUGCUGGGCCUGUGGAUUGCAACGGAGGAUGCCAUGCUGGAGAACGGUUGCCUCUGGUUCAUCCCUGGCUCCCACACCAGUGGGGUGUCAAGAAGGAUGAUCCGAGCCCCUUCGGACUCUGGGCCUGGCACCAGCUUCCUCGGGUCGGAGCCAGCCUGGGAUAACAACCUCUUUGUGCCUUUGCCAGUGAGGAGAGGGGGUCUGGUCCUGAUCCACGGAGAAGUGGUGCACAAGAGUGAGCAGAACCUUUCCGACCACUCACGCCAGGCCUACACUUUCCACCUCAUGGAGGCCGCCGGCACUGUCUGGAGCCCAGGGAACUGGCUUCAGCCCACGACUGAGCUGCCCUUCCCACCACUCUACAUCUAAAGGCCCUGGCAGAGCAGGGCUGGUGAGGGUCCCCCACCCUCAGCCCCAAUGCUGCCAACACCAGGGCCUCUGGCUGCAACCAAGCGUGCAUCUUCUUGUAUGGCUUUCUUUCUGAUGUCGUCUGUGACCUUGGUCCACCAGACAGGGAGCCAAGAAGCAGAAAUGACUGAGCAGGAGCACAGCUCGGGGAGAGGAGGGGCUUCCUCUAAGAUUUUCUCUCUCUACUCUUCCUGUCCCAACCCAGCUUUCUGAAGUGUCCACUCGGCAGUGAAAGGAUUCACUUGGAUGGGUUUUCUCUUGGAUGAGUGUUUCCGUGUCAGGCACUGAAUAAAGACAACUUAAAAUAUG